CACAGGCAGUUGCGUCUCUGUCUCUUAUAUACAUAUGCUAGUUUUGCUAUAUUGAGUUGACAUGCCCUUAGUUGCGAUUUGCGAAGCUAGCUCCCACCAUCUGCGACGCCAUGUCUUCUUCCUCUGUCCAACAAACGGCCUUUCCCGAGCAAGAAGCCGAUGCGGAAGGCGAAACGAACCCUGAGCUCUACCAGCAUUUCGCCAACUUGGUCUCCUCCCUGCCGAGCUCCAAAGGCUUGUCCAACAACAAAUUCUACCGCCACGGCCAAGGCUGGCACUGCAGCGAGGUGGGCAUAGUGGGCGCCAUGGUCACCGACGCGUGCUUCAGCGCGCGCCCGUCGGACGUCAUCAUCGCCACCCUGCCCAAGUCCGGCACCACGUGGAUGAAGUCGCUCCUGUACGCCACCGUGCACCGGAGAGAGCGUCCCGUCGUCGGCGCCGCCGCCGCCGACCAGCAUCCUCUCAACAGCUGGGGCCCCCACGACCUCAUCAAGUUCUUCGAGUACCAGCUCUACACGCGGGACAGGGUCCCGGACCUGGACAGGCUCCCCGACCCUCGUCUCUUCGCGACGCACGUCCCUUUCGUGUCGCUGCCGAGCUCCGUGGUCGCCACGCCGGGCUGCAAGAUCGUCUACGUGUGCCGCGACCCCAAGGACCACCUCGUCUCCCUGUGGGACUUCGUCAACAAAUACUUCAGGGUCAAGGAUGGGCUCGAGCCCCUCUCCGUGGAGGCCGCCGCCGAGCUGUUCUGCGCCGGCCUGACCCCGUUCGGGCCGUACUGGGACCACGUGCUCGGCUACUGGCGCGCGCACCGCGCGGACCCCGACAAGGUGCUCUUCUUCAGGUACGAGGAGAUGCAGAGGGACCCCGCGGCGCACGUCCGCAGGCUGGCGGAGUUCGUCGGCCUCCCAUUCAGCUCCGAGGAGGAGGACGGCGGCGUGGUGGAUGCCGUCGUGGGGCUGUGCUCGUUCGAGCGCAUGAGGGGCAUGGCGCCGACCAAGGGUGGCAGGACUGAGUUCCCGAUCGGCGUGGUGCCCAACAGCUCCUUUUUCCGGCAGGGCGUGGUGGGGGACUGGGUGAACCACCUGUCACCGGAAAUGGCGCGCCGCAUUGACGCGAUCACUGCAGACAAGUUCAGGGGUUCGGGUCUCGUCGUCUAGCUGGCUGUUACGGAUCAAUCAUUACUCAUCAUCAGUGCGCCACUCUACCGUGGUUUCUCAAAUGCUCAAUAAUGCAAGGACUACCUAUUAGUAUUAUAUAUCUAUACUAUUCUAUUAAUAAGAACUUAUAUAUGUUGCUAUCGCGGCUU